AUGCCCACCUCCUCCACCACCUCCUCCCACCGAGUAACCAAACCACCCACCAACAGCAAGCGGGGAAUCCGACGCGCAUCCCGCAAACCCACCCAGCCAACAUCAACAUCACCAACCCUACAAUCCCAACAUGAACUCUCCCAACUUGAACCCCAAAAACAACCCACCCCGCCACCCCAACCAACGCAACCACUAGUCGAACGCACCAACGCCCUCCCCUUGGCCGAAUUCAUCAACCUCUACGUCCCCAAAGAUGACCUCCACAUCACCAACCAGCUCAACGCCGAGGAGCAGCAACAGCAACAGCAACAGCAACAGCACUACACUAUCACAAUCCACACCGCCGCAACCCUGCCCGGGACCCUCUUCACGCAAUGCUUCCAACUAAUCGAAACCACCUCAGCAGACGCCUACCGCGCCUCCUCAAUCGGCUGGUCACCCACCAAAAAACGUAAGGAGAUGCGAUUGCCCGACAUCAAGUAUCUGAUUCUCCGGCGCGCCACUCCCAAAUCCCGGGAGGCAGAUGCAGGAUCGCCAGAUGCGACGAGUCCCGAAAAUGAGCAGGAGGACGAGGAACUGCUCGGCUUCCUCUCGUUCAUGGUCACGUACGAGGACGGGUUCGAGGUGGUCUACUGCUACGAGGUGCAUCUGGCGGCGAGCGUGCAGCGGCAGGGGCUGGGGGCGCAGCUGAUGCGGGUGUUCUUGCGGAUCGGGGAGCGGCUGGGGAUAGCCAAGGCCAUGUUGACCGUCUUCCGGGCGAAUGGGGCGGCGAUCCGGUUCUACGAGCGGUUGGGGUUCGGAAUCGAUGAGAGCUCGCCCCGGCCGCGGAGGUUGAGGAAUGGAACAGUCAAAGAUCCCGAUUAUCGGAUUCUCUCGAGGGUGUAUGCGAGGCAGUGA